AUGGCGGAUGAAGUCGGCGGCGACAAGACAAUUGAGCAAGCAACUCGCGAUGAUGUGAGUGUGACAAUCAUGGGCAACGUAUUGGAAAAGCUGCGUGUGCUGCAGUACGAGCGAGACUUAGUCAAAAAGAAAAGUUUAACGCCUUAUAAUGAGGUGCAAUUUGCUUUCAUGAACGCCGGUGUCAAUGCUAGUGCACAAUUUAAGAGUUUUCUAGAUCUUGUGACGUUUCUGCUCAAGAGCUGUGGCCAAGACCUUGUCGUAGACAAGUACGAUGACCCCAAUACGAGCGUCAACAAGCUCAUUUUGACGCUGAAGACUCUCGGCUUUUCACUCGACUUUCCUGCUUCAAAGCUCAAGCUCGGCUACGGCGAAGCUGUUUGCGCGGCGCUCGACUUCAUCUGUGACCAAGCGCUAGCUGCACAACAUUUUGACUGGCCGCGUCCGCAGUAUCCAAAGGAGGACUUCGCUGACGAAGCUGAGGUGGACGACGACGCCGAGGUGGACACAGCAAACGAUGACGAUGAGACCUUGUUGCCCGGCCGUGAAGAAGAAACUGAAGAAUUGUUUAGCGACCUUGUAGGAAGUGGUAAAGUUGCCGAGGACCGGCAUGGUCUCGACCAUAGCUUUCAGCAGAUGAUCAUAAGCGACGUGAAUCCGCUGCUUUGGAAGAUGGAGUUGGAGCGAGUAGGACCAAGACUUAAGGUUAAAGGUGGAGCUGCUGCUUCGGGUAAAGAAUGGCACACACACAUUGAGCGUUCGAGAGACCAUGAAACAAUCAUGAACGAGCUUUUACCACGUGCAACUACCCAACUUCGCCUACUUGGUGCGCAGCUAACUGACGCGGUCGGGCGAAUGGGGGCAAAGGAAAAGAUGCUCAACAGCCAGUAUGAUCAUCUAAAACAAGAGUUUGCAUUCCUUAAGGAGAAGCUACAAGCCGCGACAGAGAUCAGCAAAGCUGCAGCAGACCGUGUGAACGUCAUGGCGGCCGAGUACGCCGAGACAACCGAAUUGCUGAAGGAAACAAAGGGUGUGAUGGACGAGCGCGGCGCCAAGAUGACGGAUACGUCGCCGCUCGUGUAUAUCAAGGGCGCGCUUAAAACACUAGCUGCCGAGAUCAAGAAUUUUGACCUUCGGAUCGGUAUCGUAAGCCAUACUCUUCUACAGGCAAAGAGUCGUCAGAUCACACGACGACGGGGAGGCGCUGGAGCAUCUGCAGACGAUCAAAGCUACCAAGACCCAGAAUAUGACUUGAGCGACGAGGAUUCGAGUUAG